UCAGGCAUGGCGGCAGCACAAAAGCUUAUGGGUAGGAUUGGAGCCCUCGGCGUGGGUCUCGCCAUCGCUGGUGGAGUGGCGCAGUCGGCACUUUAUAAUGUGGAUGGAGGUCAAAGAGCUGUGAUUUUUGAUCGCUUUGCUGGUGUCAAGGAUGAAAUAGUAGGUGAAGGCACUCAUUUCAUCAUCCCAUGGGUACAAAAACCGAUCAUAUUCGAUAUUCGGUCUACGCCGAGAGCUAUCUCUACUAUAACUGGAAGCAAAGAUCUCCAGAACGUUUCGAUAACUCUUCGUAUUCUCCACCGGCCAGAUCCAACAAAAUUGCCAAAUAUUUACUUGAAUAUUGGCCUAGAUUAUGCUGACAGGGUCUUGCCAUCCAUUACGAACGAAGUAUUGAAGGCUGUCGUGGCUCAAUUCGAUGCACACGAGAUGAUCACACAAAGAGAAACAGUUUCACAACGCGUGUCAUUGGCUUUAGCUCAACGAGCAGCACAAUUCGGACUUCUUCUGGAUGAUAUCUCGAUCACCCAUUUGUCUUUCGGACGCGAAUUCACGGAGGCCGUUGAAAUGAAGCAGGUGGCUCAACAAGACGCUGAAAAGGCACGAUAUCUUGUAGAGAAAGCUGAGCAAAUGAAAAUAGCCGCCAUUACCACAGCUGAAGGAGAUGCUCAAGCUGCCAAACUUCUCAGCAAGGCAUUUGCUGAUGCUGGAGAUGGAUUGAUAGAAUUGCGAAAGAUCGAAGCAGCAGAGGAAAUUGCAGACCGCAUGUCGAAGGCCAGGAACGUCACGUAUCUUCCAGGCAAUCAACAAGUGUUGCUCAACUUACCGCAUUAAUUUUUCGAAGCACACCACAACUUUCUAGCUUCUAGAAUUCUUUGGAGUUGAUGAAUGCUCUUUCCAAGUUAUGUUCCUACUGCUUUGUAUGAAAGUUGUUGUUCGAAUUACGUAUCUCACUUGUAUGUUUUGUUAUGAAAGAUUACUUUAGGUUUAGUUAGGUUACACUUCAUUGUUAGCAUCUCCUCGGUUUACUUUUCUAGAAUAAAUUUUUAUCCAUAA